UACAAAUCGAAAUCGGGUCCAAUAACAUAAGUCGGCACGGGCACGGGCACGGGCACGGGCGCGGGGUUAACAAUCGAAGUGAGCAUGCGAUCCGAUGUCAUCAUCAAGCAUGUUUUCCACUAGUGCCGUGUGUGCCGGUGAAGUUCGACCGACUCCAUCCGAUUUUCCUUCGGCCAUGGGUCCGUCAUAGGACGUGAAUUGUUCGUCGUCGUCGUGUGCGGAUCAGGAUUUUAAUUUGUUCGAGUGCGACAGUGUUCUGAACCGUCUGGGACGUUGUGAUGAAGGUCCUGGUGGUGGAGGUGAGAUUGGCCGAUGGUGAGCGACGUCGCGACGCGUCCUACCAGUGACUGGCUCUCCGCAGAGUCCGUCAUGAUGGAUAAUAUUGGUAAGAUGAUCGAACAGCAAGCACUUGGGGAACAAGCGGUCGAUUCUCCAAACAACAACGCGCAUGCGGUGACAGCCGGUGGCAUGGAGACGCAAGUCGUCCGUAUGAGACUCGUGCCGCGUGCCGUCGUCGAGCGUCGUUUGGUUAAGCAGGAGGAUGCUGAUGGACAACUCUCUGUCAUUGUACAGCCGCAAGAAGACUCCAGGGACUCCGAGCUUCUCAGUCCCGGAAAGCUCUCACCUACCUCCGUCAGCGUCGCUAACAUGAUUGACGCCGCCGACUUUCGAACCAUGAAUCCGGAACCCACUUAUCAAACCUUAACCUCCGUGAACGGGAGGAUGUCUCCUCCGGGCUACAGCCCCAGCUCAUCCUAUGCCACACUCACACCGCUACAGCCUCUUCCGCCAAUCUCCACCAUGUCCGAUAAGUUCGCCUACGGACACGCAAGCAACGUGACCGGCUCCUUCACGGUCAUGCAAAACAAUACUCUCGGUAUUGGAUUGGGAUUGGGUGUCAAUUCGAAUACGUCCUACACGAUGACAAACAUGGGCAUGACUCCGCCGCACAACUAUUCCUCGCCGGGAAUGGGCAUGCAACAGCAACCCAGUCCGAUAAGCCCCCAAAGUGCGUACAGCCAAAACGGACUGCCCUCACCUCAAAAAAGUAUGUCCCCUCCGAGUUACGAUUCACCUUACGGCACCCAAAGGGACAUGGUGGCCCGAAGUUUGCACAGUCCACAGUUAAGCCCUCCCUCUGCCUCACUCAACUCCCCAGACGGUACCUUAGUCACCACCUUCAACAGUACCACCUUAAACGGUCUCGGUCUCCAGAACCAUCCGCCUGCCCUGGUGCAAAUCGCACAGACCCAGAGGGACUGUUCGCCGUCACCUCCCGUCGUCACGUUGCAACAAGCUCCGCCCGUCUCGCAACAUCCCCAACAGCAUCAGCAGCAACAGCAGAUCUCCAGCAAGAACGCCAGUCCGGGUUCGCUGACGGUGCCGGCGAUCGCUGCGGACGUAGAAGAGAUCAACACCAAAGAGUUAGCCCAAAGGAUCAGCGCAGAACUGAAAAGAUACAGUAUUCCACAGGCGAUUUUCGCCCAGAGGGUACUUUGCCGAUCACAGGGCACUCUCUCCGACCUUCUGCGGAACCCCAAGCCGUGGUCCAAACUUAAGUCUGGACGGGAAACGUUUAGGCGAAUGUGGAAAUGGCUACAGGAACCCGAAUUUCAAAGGAUGUCUGCCCUCCGACUUGCAGCUGCGCAGAUUCCACAACGAGGCAGUGACGGGGCUUCGCCAUAUUUAGGUUGCAAACGGAAAGAGGAUCCUUCGAGCAAUUCGGACCAAUUGCCUACUCCGAAGAAGCCCCGAUUAGUGUUUACAGACCUGCAACGUCGCACACUACAGGCUAUUUUUAAGGAAACAAAAAGGCCAUCGAAAGAGAUGCAGGUGACCAUAGCACGACAGCUGGGCUUGGAACCGACAACGGUUGGGAACUUCUUCAUGAACGCGCGAAGAAGAUCGAUGGACAAGUGGAAAGAUGAGGACCCCAAGGCGGCGGUGACGGCAAUCAUCCACCAACAAAUGUCGCCGGGCAUGGACGACGAUUUGGAAGGUGACGGUGAUAUGGACGGCGACAUGGAUGACCAAGAUGACGUAUUGUGACAUGCAUUUCGUGACCGUCAUUUGUUACUGCUGUGACACUAAAAAAUGUGACGGCGCAAAUAGAACAAUUAGUUAUAGUGUAGAUUGGGUAUUUGACCUACGAAGAAACUUUAUUGUGAUUUGAGAGUAACAUCACCAAAGUUUAUUUUUAUGUUUUUCAUUUUUGACCGCUUUUAACCAGUGUCGUCGAUUGUAUUUUUUUUUUAUUAUUAUUAUUAUUUUAUGUGGUAUUUUGCGGAGAUGCGCCAAGACAGUAGGAUAAUGUUGUGCCAUGUGAUAGAAGAUUUCGAAAGUUUUUCCGUCUAGUCAAAGUUUGGGAAAAACUAUUAUUGUGAUUUUAAGCCACCUAGUGGCAACAUCAUUCCAAUUUAUGUUCGACUUAGCGGUGGUAUAUGUUGUGUUAGAAGUGCCUUUUUUAUUCUAACAUUCCAAUUUACAAAUUAAUUAAGCGAAAGAAAACGUACAAGAAUUAAUUAAUUAAUUAAUUAAUUUUCUUUCGACGAUUUAACAUAUAUUUAU